AUGCUGAGCCACUUGAAGUUCGUGAACAGUGCACAACCGUACGAAGUGGGCCACCUCGCUAUCCUGAGAUGCAGCGGCAUUUUCAAUGAGACAGUCGUAUCUGAAGCGGAGCGAGAAGCCUACGUAUUCGGAACGUUUGACUCCCACGAGCGAUUCAAACGCGCCCAGAACGCUACCAGCUUCCAUCUCCAGAUGCCGUACUGA